GCACAAAAACAAACGCCUGAUCAUAUUCAGUUAAAUAAUAUAUAUCAAACUUUUCUUCGUUUUUUAUCCGUAACACAAUCAAUAUGUCGGUGGAUUCCAAUAUUGCCAAAUACGAUGACGUUUUAUCAUCUAUCUUAGUAAACGAACAGUCAAUUCUAGGAUUUUUAUCGGCAAUAUUCAACUUCCUUGCUAGACGUACGGACUUUUACUAUGUUCCCGACGGCCCCUAUGAGAACAUGGGCUUUCCUCCCGGAGUGGCAGAAGAGCUAGUCAUAAAGGUCUUAAGAACAUGCGAUCCUAAAAAAUGGAAGGGCACAAACGGUGCCCGUAAACCGGGCAACUUUAACAAUGAGAUCAUGUGCUCCACGGUGGCCCAAGAAGUUGAAGUAUCAGCUGAGAAUGAAGAAGAUCAAUUAAAAAAUGAAGCUAUUGAAGCUGAAGUUGCUCAGCCUGCAGAACCGGAGAGAAAAAUUCUAGAAGCGUCAUCAAGUGGUGAAACAAAAACAGAAUACAAACCACCGGUUAUCCCUGUGCAAAAGAAUAGUGAAUCAUAUAAUGGUGCUGUGAGAGAUAAAUACUCCUGGUCACAAACUAUCACAGAAAAUGAUGUAACUGUGCCUCUGCCUCCAGACAUAAAGUCGGCAAAAGACUUGAAAGUAACAAUCAAUCCAAAUGACAUAUAUGUUGCAUACAGAAAUGGUGAUACAAUUAUCAAGGAUACGCUGCAGUACAAGAUCAAGGCCAGCGAUAGUGUUUGGACCAUCAGUGGGGGAAAAUUGUUAAUCCAUUUAGAGAAGGUACAGGAGCGCUGGUGGACGAAACUAGUUAAUAGUGAAGAAGCUAUUGACUUGGACAAAAUUGAUUGUUCAAGGCCAUUGAACGAAUUGCCAGAAGACCAUAUCGACAAGGUAAGAGAACUGCAGUGGAAUCAAGAGCAGAAACUCAAGGGAUUACCAACAAGUGACGAAAUCAAGAAUAUAGAAAUUCUUAAGAGAGCAUGGAAUGCCGAAGGCUCCCCUUUCAAAGGAAAAGAAUUUGAUCCCAGUGUCCUACAGCCUCAUUAAUGAAAUAAACACAUGUGUUUAUGAGGGUAAUAAUA